AUGCAAAAGGGGUCGAGUCGUGGGAGCCACAGAAUAGUGGCGCAGUCCUUAUCAAAUGAUUCAGCGGAACGGAACAGUGCAAGUAUCUCCCGCACCUCACGGGCGCGCCGCGCCAAAAAAGGGUCGAUUCACCGCCCCAACGAACUUUGGCAGGAGGUUGAAGCGGCCAUUCACGUUCUUGACAAUGGCAUUGAUCGAACCCCGUUGCCGCUGCAGCAGCGGGCAAGCACCAAGGGCCUUCCCCGUGACAGCCAUCAAGGCAGUACUUCCAUCAGUCUGGUGGUUCCGGUGGAGAGCAGUUCAGUGUUUCACUCCUCAUUGAUGAACAGUAGUUCGAUGGACGCGUUGAAUAUUGCGUCGAAUAUGAGUCCGUACAGCCCAUCACGUACAGGUGCCUUAACGGCGUCGACUUCGCUGACAAGCGUCUCGGUUGACCGCCGUCCUUCUUUUUUAUCUUCAGGCUCCAUCUCUGUUUCAUGUCCGGUAACGCAGCAGCAAGUAGGUUCCUUUCAAAUGGAGGUGGGACCCAUCGAUACUUUUCAGAGACGCGCCUUUACACGCGAAGAAAUACACAAGUGGCUUGAGGAGAAAACAACUAUUGUCCUCUGCGAGACCCCUACCAUUAUGCUGUACACACACCAAGAUGAAAUAGUGCCCAAUGAGCAGAGGGAGGUACUCGAGCAGGUGCAGAAACGCAACGCGGCGUAUGCGGAGUUAGUGGAGGCAAAGCGCGUGGAUGAGGGCAUACGAUUUCAGGAGAAAGGCUCCUGGACAUUUCUGGCACCGAAGAAGUCGAUUCACUGCUCCAUUUGUCCCCCAAAGAAGAAGAAUGCGGGUGCAUUGCAGGUGACGCCAUGGAUGUUGCGUGAUCAGUUUGCCGCACUCACAGCGGAUGGCGCAGACGAGAUAGAGAACGAGGAGGAUAACGAUGACGAAGACGGUGAAUUGGCAGAGGCUUCUGAGGAGCCCGAAAAAGAAGCCUCUUCUGAGGCGACCGUGGCACAGAGCGGUCGCUCUGGCACUCGGUCUGCGGUGUCGUGGAUGCUUGCAGAUUCACUGCUCUCCACGCUACGCAUCAUGGAGCGAGUUGUUGUGCAAAACGCGAUGGAGGAGGUUCAGUUGUCGUAUCGAGGCAUCAUGAUGGACCCAGCGGCACGCCGUGUGCCACGACCUCCAGAGAAGGAAGAGAAUAGCAGGACUGACGAUCAUGAGAUGGCUAUCACAACCGAGGUGCAAGACGCACAUGAGACGAUUGCAACAGUGACCGCCGCGUCUGCUGUGAAGGCGGAAGUUCCGCCGUUGAAGAUGUCAGAGGAUAUCAAGGCUUUGUGGACCUUUAGAUCCCCACUUACAGCGGACCGUGCUGUUACUUGUAUGGCGUGGAACUGCAAGGAAUCCGAUAUUCUCGCCGUUGGCUACAGCGCAGCGCAUGCAAAGGAGGGACAAAAUGUGGCACCUGGCACCAUAUUGCGAGGUGGCAUUGUCUGCUGUUGGUCUUUAAAGAAUCCCCUCGCACCAGAGCGUGUCAUUCAGCUCAGCACAGAGGCGGGCGUGUCGGCGGCGGCGUUCUCGUAUGAACACCCAAGUCUUCUCGCCGUCGGUAACACGGAAGGCGGUAUUGUCAUUUACGACAUUCAAAAAGACACAAAUACACCUGCCAUCAAGACGACGUCGACUAGCGGGCAGCACACUGGGGCGGUGUGGGAGCUGAAGUGGGUGGCACGUGGUAAAGAGCGUGGAGAAUUUCUCAUGUCCAUCUCCGGUGACGGACGCGUGGUGCAAUGGGCGGUUGGAAAAGCACUUGAACGUAUGGCACCAGAUCUCAUGACACUGAAGCGGCAACAUGGCGCCGUCUGUGAAUCCGCCUUUGCAGACGACGCCAGUACUGAGGGUAAGAGCGACGGUAAUGGGCAUCAGCGACGCAAGAUGGAUGCACUUUUUUCGCGGCAGUGCGGUGGCAUGUGCCUGGACGUGUCCCCGGCGGAUGGCACGGUGUACGUCGUUGGUACUGAGGACGGCUCGAUUCAUCAGUGCAACAAGAGCCAGACGGAGACCUACGAGUUGGACUACGCGGCGCACUCGGAGCUCGUCUACCGUGUGCGAUGGUCACCGUACAGUGACGCAUUUUUUCUCACUUGCUCCGCGGACUGGAGCUCGCGACUAUACCGUUUUGGGCAGUCCGCCCAACUCCUGACAUUUGAUAGCCCGAAUCAAAACGCCGUGCAGGACGUUGUGUGGUCCUACACAAAUUCCACCACCUUCGCCACCGUGACGGCGCAGGGAAACGUGGAGAUAUGGUCCGUCACAGACUCUAUUCACCCCCGCUCCACCGCACAGUUUCUCGAUCAGCGUCGACUCACAAACGUUCUCUUUGCGGAGCAGGAAGCGGCUGUGCUGGUGGUCGGCGACGAAAAGGGCGACGUGACGGUGUUCCGCCUUCUUGCGCUGUGCUACAGCAGCAUGAACAUGACGGCCGACGAGCAGGAGCAACAGCUUGAGGAGGCCAUCCGCAAGGCGAUUUCGUAA